AUGGAAAAAGAAAUGAGAGAUAGAAGAACACAUUUCAACAAGACAGUCGAAAAAAUACGGUCAACACUUAUAACAAGUGUUCAAAAUGUUGACAAUAAUAAUACUCAAAGACGUAAUAUAAAAGAACACAAUGAGUGUUUCUUUAUUCCAAGUCAAGUAACUUUGAAUGAAUCAAAUAUUAUAAAUCAGAACUUAAAUAAAAAACUUUCAAAACCUUGGUCAGUUGUUAUUAGUUCUGAAGAAAAUCAAAUGGAGGAAUUGCAACAAUUGCCAAUGCAUGAUAAAAAUAAAGAAAAUAAGGAAAAUGUAUCUAAAUUCUCAAAGCUAGAAACAGAUUUAAAAAUCUUUGAAACGUUAGUUUCAGAAUUAAAUAAAUUAUCUGCUGAAGAACAAAACAUUAGAAACAAAUUAUUUCCAGACAACUUAAAAGAAAUGAUUAUUACACAUCAAAAUAAUUCACCUUCAAAAUCUGAAGAAAAAAACCAAACAAAAGAAAAUACUAGAAAAAAACAAAAUACAUCAAGUGAAAGAAUUAUCUUAACCGAAGCUAAAAAACAGAUAACUGAAAUACUACUUGAUGAAUCAAGUACGUCUACAUCUAUAUGUAUAUCUUCAUCCACAUCAACCAGUACUAAUUAUGUACAACCUUCAAAGAAAACUAUUCAUUUUGAAAARAAAUGCAAAAAAAACAACCAAAUCUGUUCUAAUUAUGAGCAAUCUUCAAAGAAAAAUACUCGUUUUGAGAAGGAAUACAAAGAAAAAAAUCAAAUUAAUACUAAUUAUGAGCAGCCUUCAAAGAAAAAUAUUCAUUUUGAAAAGGAAUGCCCAGAAAAAAACCAAUUCAAUACUUAUUAUGAGCAACCUUCAAAAAAAAAUAUUAACUUUGAUAAAGGAUGCAAAAAGAAAAUAAUACAACCAAGUGCUAAGUUAAAUUAUAAAGAAAAAUUUAAUUCUGGAAAACCUUUGCAAAAUAUUAACAAUAUAAUGCAAAGAAUUAAAAACAAAAAACAACUGCUCGUAAAAGAAUUAUCUGCUGGUACUACUAGAAAUACAGAUGCUGAUUUAAAAAAAUUGAAGACAAUUCCUUCGAUCCCUGCAACUGUACCUAUGUCUAAAAAAUGUUAUACUAAUGACAGAUUACGGAUGGAAAAUCCAGUAAAUUACGCUAAACUUCCAGAUUCCUUUUACAAUAGUCAGCUUAAUACGUUAAAAGCACAGAUAUCACAGAAACAAAUUAAAGUUUUUGAUCAAAAAAACAAUGAAUCAAUAAAUGAAGAUCUGAUGGCACACAUAAAUACAUUAUUAAAAAUGUCACCUUCUGAUGUGGAUAACUUGUCAGUUUCAUCUUGUUCAAGUAUUAAACUUGAAGAAAGUGUUUUACAACAUUCAGAAAAAGAUAACGAACAUUACUGCAAAAUGUUGAAAUGUAUUUCAAAAUGCUUGAAUACAGAUAUUUCUGACAUAAAUCAAACAGUGUUUGAAUCUCCCAAAAACAUUAACUUAUUAAAUAAACUUCAACAAUUAUCAAAUUAUUAUUUAGAAAAAACUAAAGAAAUUAAAAAUAUCUGUGAUGAAACACUUCAAAUUGCAAAUGAAAAAUCAUACGAGACUGAUGCUAAUAGUAUUAAAGAGAAUAGUUCUAUCAAUUUAUCAUCAAGCUCAUCAGUUGAUGGGGAAUAUAUAUUAGGAAAUUUAAAUAAAUUAUUACAGAAAAAAGGAAUUAUUAAUUCUGAUAAAGAAUGGCCAAUGUUCAAACAUACUGAUGAUGAUAGAAGUUUAACUGAUCAACUUCUUGAUAUAUGUCCAAGUAGUUCAUAUGAUAGAUGAAAAAUAUUUUUUAAUUACAAGUAGUUUGAAAUAGUUUAAAGGUAAUUAUUUCUAUAUUUUUGAUUAUUCAGCAUUCUUUAUCAAUUUAAAAAUGUUCAUCUGUGAAACUUGCAUUAAUUUAACAGCAAUAACAUAUAAUCUAAUGCAAUCACAAACAUUUUUUUUAAUCAYUUUAUUAUCAACUAC